AUGGUCAAAUCUUGGACGGUCCCCCUCCUCUGUGCCUUGCUGGCUGCCACCUUGGUGGGAGCCACACUCAGCCCUCCUGCCAUUCUCAGCCUCAGCCCCAAAGUCAUCAAAGAAAAACUAGAACAGGAGCUGAAGGAGCAUGACGCCAUCCGCAUUCUCAAGGAGCUGCCUCUGCUCAGUGCCAUGAAGGAGGAGCCAGCUAAGGGCAUGCUCAGCUCCCUGAUUAGCUCCAUCCUGAGUUACAUAGUCUGGCUGAAAGUCACCUCAGCUAACAUCCUCCAGCUGCAAGUGCAGCCCUCCACAGAUGGCCAGGAGUUAAUGGUCAAGAUCCCCCUGGACAUGGUAGCCGGAUUUAAUACGCCCCUGGUCAAGAGCAUCGUGGAGAUGCACAUGGAGUCAGAGGUGCAAGCUGUCAUCCGAGUAGCGGCCAGCAGAAGUGGACAGGCCCACCUGGUCCUUGCCGACUGCACCAACAGCCAAGGUAGCCUGCGCAUCAGCCUGUUGCACAAGAUCUCCUUCUUGGUCAACACAUUAGCUGACAAGGUCAUGGACCUCCUAAUACCAGCCCUGCCCAAACUGGUAAAAAGCCAGCUGUGUCCUGUGAUCAAGGAAGCCUUUAAGGACAUGAGCAAUGAGUUCCUUGACCUGGCACAGGCACCCAUCUUCCUCAACUCUGAUCGCCUGGAGUUCCACCUUCUGUAUCCUGUCAUCAAGAAAACUGGCAUCCAGCUCAACUUGGGGGUCAAGUUGCUGGAUGUCCAGGGAAAGGUGACCAAGCAGUUCAAUGAGUCUGCAGCUCCGCUGACAGUGCCCAGCCUGAACAGUGCCCCCUUCAGCCUCACUGUGCGGCAAGAUGUGCUGGAUGCUGCUGUGGCUGCCGUGCUCCCUCCAGAAGAGCUCAUGGUUCUGCUGGACUAUGUGCUUCCGGAGCUGGCCCGCAAGAUGAAAUCUAGCCUCAAGGCCAUCAGUGAGAAGGCUGCCGCUCAGCUGGAACAUACACAGAUCGUGAAGCUCCUAACUCUGGAUACCCCAGAGUUUUCUUUGGAAGAUGGUGUUGCCAAGGUGGCUCAGUCCAUCGUGCUGGAGGUGUUUGCCAACAAUGAAGUCCACCGCCCCUUCUUCACCCUGGGCAUCGAAGCCAGCUCUGAGCCUCAGUUUUAUACCGAAGGUGACCGACUUAUGCUCAACUUCAAUGACAUCAAAUCUGAUCGGAUUCACCUGAUGAAUUCCGGCAUUGGCCUGUUCAACCCAGAGCUGAUGGAGGACAUCGUCACUGAGAUCCUCGCCUCUGUGUUGCUGCCAAAUGAGAAUGGAAAAUUAAGAACUGGAAUCCCGUUGUCAAUGGUGAAAGCCUUGGGGUAUGAAACGGCGUCCUGGUCUCUGACCAAGGAUGCCCUUGUGAUCUACCCAGACUCCUAGAACCCUAGAAAACCCUCUUCUUUCCCAGGAAGACUUUGCUGGGCCAGCAGGGCAAUCUGGGCCCCAGAAGAAGUAUAGGAGCCAGCCCUAUAAAUUGUCCCUCCCUGCAAUAAAAAAAUAAAUUAAAAAAU